CCCCCUUUUCUCUCUCUCUCUCUCUCUUUCUUCACCACAUAAUUAAUAAUACCUCUUCUCUUGCUGGUACUUUCUCAUCCUCAUCUUCCCCAUGUUCGACUUCUACUUCUACCCACAGACAUCUCAUCUCCAAGCUUUCUUCUUUCCUUCUCCUCGUCAUAUCUCUCUUUCGUUCUCUAUAAUGUCACAAUUCCUGCUGAUCGGAAUGCCCAAAACUCUCCUUUACACGAACAGUCACUUGAGUGCCAGUCUCGUCUCAAAUCUCGAUAGCAAAACAAAGCCUACUUCUGUGUGCGUGUAUUGAGCGGUCCAUCUCUCCACCAUAAACACCAACGUCGGCAUUGCCACUGCCUCAGUCUCAAGAAUCAAGAUGAAUCAGUGCGUACCACGCUGCGACCUCGACGAAACUCCCACCCCCGCCGGGCUUACCACUCAUCCCCACUCCAACUCCGAUUCCGCUGCCACCGACGUUUCAAUGUUGAACACCGAAGUAGUAGAGUUGACAUGGGAGAACGGCCAAGUGGCGUUGCACGGGUUAGGUCCUAAUCGGCCCAUCGGCAAACCUCUCCCUUCCACCACCACCACGACAUCUAAGUACACGUGGGAGAAGCCACGUGCAGGAGGCACGCUGGAAUCCAUCGUCAGCCAAGCCACACGCUUGGACCCCUCCAAGGUUCCUCUCACCGGCGGUGAUGACCUCGUGCCGUGGUUUUAUCCCCAUGGCACCAUCGCUGCUCAGCCCAUCACUAUGGACGCCUUGGUUCCCUGCGCAAACAGAACGACCUCGACUGAUGACCAAUCCAAUCACGUGCCUGAACCGAACUCCUUGCGCCCGGAGUCUUCCGGUGAGGCCGGCACUGUCGAACGCCGCACCAAGGAGGUAGCACUCACCAAGAAACUUGCGAGGAAGGCUCUUGUGCCGGUUACACAUGAGCGAAGUAGCAAGCAGAGUGUGAGUAUCAGUGCUACCUUCGGCAGGGAUAGCAGUAGGCAUGAUAUGUCGCUUAUUGAUACGUACGAAUUGGAUCCCGACACGGGUUUCACCUCCAACUCUCUGGGCUCGCCGGAGAACACGAGCACCGGAAAACCUUCAGGCUCGUACAACAAACCUACGACGGUCGACGACCAUGACUCGGUUUGUCAUAGCGGAUCUCAGAGGGAGCCAACAGGGUUAGAUGAAGAUAAUAAGAAGAAAUCUUUUACCUCAAGUAAGAGGAGCAGGGCUGCUGAAAUUCAUAACGAAUCUGAACGUAAAAGGAGAGACAAAAUCAACCAAAAAUUGAAGACCUUACAGAAGCUGGUCCCAAAUUCCAGUAAGACUGAUAAAGCGUCAAUGCUAGAUGAAGUGAUUGAAUACCUAAAACAAUUGCAAGCUCAAGUCCAGAUGAUGAGUAGGAUGAGCAUGCCACACAUGAUGUUACCAAUGGCCAUGCAACAGCAGUUUCAAAUGUCUAUGUUGGCUCAGAUGGGAAUGACAAUGGGGAUGAACAUGGGAAUGGGUAUGAUGGACAUCAAUUCCAUUGCACGACCCAACAUCACUGGAAUUCCCCCUGUUGUCCCCUCUGGUGUCUUCAUGCCUCUGUCUUCAUGGGACAAUAACUCUGCGGAUCGAUUGCCUUCUUCAUGCUCAAUCAUGCCCGAUCCCUUGACAACAUUUCUUUCUUGCCAGUCAAAGCCAAUCACCAUGGAUUCUUACAGUAGUAGGAUGGCUGCCUUGUAUCAACAGCUCCAUCAAUCCGCAGCUUCCAACUCCAAGAGCUAGAACCAGGGACUACUCUAAGAAUUGACAGUCCACACAUUGACCAACAUGGGUUUGAAGUGAAUCUUAAAGGAGAAUCAUCGUUGUUAGAGAAAUUGGAUUUAUUCCUUUUUGUGAUGCUUUAAUUAAUUUCCAUGUUCAAUAGAUAUUAUGUGUUCCUGUUUCUGACUUUCUUUCUCUCCGUGUGCACGCCUUCUGAUAUUGUGAUCGCACUUUGAUAAUGUGGUAUAUACUUUCUGUACCUGAACCUCCUACACAUUCAACGAACAAUACCGGAAUUGAAGUUUU